AGUGUUUGAGCAUUAGAAGUAAAGCGAUAAAAGUAUAACAGUCUAGAAAUGAAGUCAGUUAUUUCUUUGACAUUGAUUGGCGUUAUGUUCGCCAUUGUAAUGGUAUCAUCUUUUCCUGAAGAUAAUCAAAAGCCGGUAAUUUAUGAAUGCAAAUCAAUGGAAAAGGCUAGUGAUGAAGAUGUUGAAAAUGUGUUGCAUGAACUGCAAACUCAAAUGCCCUUACAAACUCCAAACGAAAAAUGUCUGUUGGCAUGUUUAUAUGAAAAAUCGGGAGUGAUCGAAAAUGGACACAUUCAAUCUAAUGGUUUGAAAAUUGCCAUUAUGCAAGACGUUGAAAAGGAAGCUGCCUCAAUUGAUAAAAUUAUUCAAGAGUGUGCAUCGAUUAGUCAUCCUGAACGUUGUGAGCAAGCCGCACAACUCAAGUUGUGCUUGGACAACAUAGUCUCUCUUUCCGCAUCCAACUAAUUUUGAUUAUUCUCAAACAAUUACAUUAAUUAUAUGUGAUUAGAAAUAU